UUUCCUCCUCGCCUCUUCCUCUUCCCCCAAUCUCCGAUAGUUCCCAAUUUCCCAUCCCCCCAAACCCAAACCCCAACCCACCCGAGCCACCAAAGGGGAAGAAAAGAAAAAGAAAAAAUUCGCACGCGACGACGCGACGGAGAAGGGAGGGGAAGCAGCAGACGGUAGCGAGAGAAAUCCCCACCAGCCUCCAAACCCUAGCCACCUCCCCUGCCGUCCUCCAGAUCUCGCUGCCGUCCGCCCCGACUCGAUGUGACCCGGCCCUAGGGUUUGAGACGGUGCGGCGGUGGGGGCUCUUCGCGGGAGGUUGGGACUCGUAACGCGAGGGAGGGGUCCCGCGGUGGCGACGGCGGCGCGGGCGCACAUGAAGGACCCGGCGCACCGCACCAAGGUGGUGCUCCGGCGGCUGCCGCCGGCGAUCGCGCAGCAGGCCGUCGUGGACCAGGUCGACGCGCGCUUCGCCGGGCGGUACGACUGGGCGUGCUUCCGCCCCGGCAAUGCCAGCCAAAAGAAUCAUAGGUAUUCUCGACUCUACCUUAAUUUCAAGCGCCCAGAGGAUGUUGUUGAGUUUGCUGAGGCCUUCAAUGGACAUGUAUUUGUGAAUGAAAAGGGUGCUCAAUUUAAAGCUCUUGUGGAAUAUGCACCAUCGCAACAGGUUCCCAAGUCAAAUAUCAAGAAGGAUGGCCGUGAAGGAACUAUUAUGAAAGAUCCGGAAUACUUAGAGUUUCUUGAGCUUAUUUCAAAGCCUACUGAGCAUCUGCCAAGUGCUGAAAUUCAGCUUGAAAGGAAAGAAGCUGAAAGGGCAGCUGCUGGAAAGGAGGCACCUGUUGUGACAGCUCUUAUGAUGUUUGUUCGUCAGCAACGGGCAGCUAAGAGUAUGGCUCAGAGACCUGGAAGUAGAGUUAGCAGAAAAGUUUCAGGUGUUGUAACUAGCAGUUCUAGUACUUCUAAAAGGUCUUCUGAGAAGCGCAGGUCCUCUGCGUAUGUUGUACGUGACAGUGCUAAGGAGAAACCAACUUAUAUCAUGGUGCCGAAGAGAGAAGAGCAUACACAGAGGGAAAAAGCUAUUGCUGGAAGUUCAGAUGUAACAAGUGGGGGAACAUCUGGACCUGGUCAGGCUGUUGAGGCUAAAAGGGACAAAAUUGUCAUUUUGAAAGGCAGAGGAAGGGUUGAUUCUAAUAUACCUGAUGCGGCAACCCAGCAGUCAUCAACCCCUGUGAAGAAUGUGCCACCAUUGAGUUCUAGACAAGACCAGCGACUCGAGGCCAGUGGUAGAAUUAUUAAGACUAUACUUUCAAACAAGGAAACCCGCAGUUCAAAUACAUCUCAACAUGAACAGGAAGGUCACAUGCUUAACACUGAGAGGGAUAAGAGGCCACCAAGGGUUCUCAACCCACGUACCAUAGUGAAAGAUCAGAUAGUUGAAAAUGCUGAGAGAAGCCAUUUUGAUGAGAAGGCUAAUCAUCUUCAUGGCUCUGCUCCAGUUGGUGAGAAGAUUGAAAGGCAUGCUAGAAACAGAGAUAGGCCCGAUCGUGGUGUUUGGGCUCCUCGCCGCUAUGACAAGUCUACAUCUGGAGGUGGUUCACAUGCCUCAUCAUCAGAAUUCCCUCAAAUGCAGUCACAUCCUGGAGAUAGUUUCUCGCAACUAGCAGAUGGUCAUGGAGACAGAAAGACAGACACAAGGAGUCAUGGUGGUGGCCGUGGUGGUCCUGUUGAAAAUGGGCAUAGGCGUCGUGGUCCUCCACGUGGUCCAAAGGAAACCGAAAUAUCUGCUAACAUGCCUGAUGGAAAGAAUUCAAAGAGGAGUUCUGCUAGCUAUGGUGCUCAUGAGAGACAAGUAUGGGUUCAGAAGUCAAGUUCAGGCUCGUGAGUUUGUGACGAUACUCUCACCAAAACAGGUAUUGCAAGUUGUGGAGAAGUCUUGGAUUCUGCAGCUCAUUCUUCUUUAUUAGCUGUUGAUCCUGUGAAGUAUGUUUACAAAAUGCCCAUAGAUCAAAUGCUGCCAUGAAGUGCAAUCUCAGAUUCGUCAGUCUCAGCUAUAGCUGGAAAAGGGAGCCUCGCUGAUCUGAUUCACAGAAAUAGUGAAGUAACAUAACCCGGCAUGUAGGUAGCUCUCAAUCACUUUGGGUGAGAUUUGAUUUGGGCCUAAGGCUGCUAUUUCUGGAGCAAUGGAUGGAGAUUAGGUUGGCAUCAGUGCCUCACUACCUCGUGACAGUGGUCACAUAUUUCCAAGACCCCUGGAGGCUACACACACCCUCAACAGAGAUGGAUGUAAAUAUCUCUAGAGAAAGAAGAGGUCUGGUUCUGAUUGCUGUUUACAAGUUGGAGGUGCCAUGUAUUUACAAAGAGAUAUAAGAGUUAUCAGACUAUCCGGUUUGCUAAAUAAAGGUGAAUUUAGCUAGUAGAUCAUUAGACUCUGUGUUGCAGCUGCUGCAAUCACGGUUUGCCUCAAUGGAAAGUUACCCUAGAGUGCAAAAGGCACAUCUCAUUUUGGUUUUAUGUUUCUGACUAAAUGGGAUGUGAGAUUGUUUUGACGUCUGGUGUGUGUUUUGCUGUCAUGUUCCACCAGAUGACCCGGGGGGUUCUGUCAUGUUAAGAAUGAUAUGCUUGGUGUACAGCCUCCAAGGUGCUUGCUGUUUUUAAUCUUAAGGUGAUGGUACCUGGUUUUAAUGGUUGA